AUGGCGCCAAAGCCGAAGAGUACCGGCCCUGUUGAGGUAGGCGGGAGCGCGCCUAGAGUCGCCGCUCCCAAGACUGCACCGAGGAAGCGCACAGCUGCACCUAAGCCCAAGGACAACAGCACCGCCAAAACUACCACCGGCGCACAAACCUCGAGCUCAGACCAAAAUGCAGCUGCCACGGACCAGAGCGCUCAACCCAAGAAGAAGCCCACGGUGGCGGGAGAUGAUAUGGAUGCGCUUUUGCGACCUUUCUACUACAGCAAAAGUCUUACCGACCCCAUCAACACCGCUCAGGACAAGUGGAAUCUACUGCCGGCCUUCCUACGAGUCAAGGGUCUGAUCAAGCAGCAUACUGACUCAUUCGACUACUUUUGCGAUGUCGAAUUGAAGAAGAUCCUCAAGGCCAACGAGAUGAUCAUCUCCAAAGAAUCGAAUGGGAAGAAGUGGAUCAGAUUCACCGAUAUCCGGGUCGGAGAGCCUUCUCGUACGGAAGAUGCCCACAAAGGGUAUGUUCAGACGCAAGUGACUCCUAACGAAUGUCGGCUCAGAGACAUGACGUACGCUGCUCCCAUCUACAUCGACUAUGUAUACCCAAAACAGUCUGGCAACGUCAGAAAGACGGAUGUGCUGAUUGGAAGGAUGCCUAUGAUGUUGCGGAGCUCAAGAUGCGUGCUGAGCGGCCGACCUGAAUCCGAUAUGGGCAUGCUGAACGAGUGCGCUGUUGAUCCAGGAGGCUACUUUAUCGUGCGGGGCCAAGAGAAGGUCAUUCUGGUGCAGGAACAGCUCAGCAAGAACCGAAUCAUCGUCGAAUCCUUCAAAGGCAUGAUCCAGGCGUCAGUGACCAGUCACACCGCGAACGUCAAGACCAAGACGUACGUCGUCUUGAAGAAAGGUCACCUCUACCUCAAGCACAACUCUCUGACCGAGGACAUUCCUGUCGCGAUCGCCCUUCGAGCUAUGGGCGUACAGUCUGAUCACGAAAUUCUGCUCCUCGCCGCAGGAAAUGAUGCCCAAUAUCAAGACGAAUUCGCACCGAAUCUCGAGAUGGCGGCCCUCGAAGGCGUCUUCACUCAGGAACAGGGUCUCGACUUCAUCGCAACAAGACUAAAGCCUGAGCGUUUUCCGGUCUUUCAACAUCCAUCAGGGGAGCCCAAGACCGCGAAACAGAAAGCAAUGGAGAAAUUAGCCGCGACCAUCAUUCCUCAUGUUCCAGUAGAGGACAUGAACUUUCGACCCAAAGCCCUGUACAUCGCCUUCAUGACGCGGAGGGUGUUGAUGGCAAUUAUAGAUCCAAAGCUGGUCGAUGACCGAGACUACGUGGGAAACAAGCGACUCGAGUUGGCUGGCCAAAUGCUGGCACUGCUAUUUGAGGAUCUGUUCAAAGACUGUACUCGGCAAAUCAUGAUCAACAUGGAAAAGCAACUGAAGAAGUCAAAUCCUACACAGGAAUUCGAUCCUCUACGGCUGAUCGAACAGUGCGAUGCACGAAUUACCAGCGGCAUGGAGCGUGCGAUCUCGACUGGUAACUGGACGCUGAAGCGCUUUCGUAUGGAUCGAGCUGGUGUCACACAUGUCCUAAGCAGAUUGAGUUACAUCAGCGCGCUCGGCAUGAUGACCAGAAUCACUAGUCAGUUUGAGAAGACACGAAAGGUUUCCGGUCCUCGUGCACUGCAGCCCUCCCAGUUCGGCAUGCUCUGCACUUCUGAUACGCCCGAAGGAGAAGCUUGCGGUCUUGUUAAAAACUUGGCGCUCAUGACACAUAUUACGACUGCAGAUGAAGAAGAUCCGGUACGGAAGAUCAUGUACGUGCUUGGUGCAGAGGAGGUCACAUCAGCGUCUGGCGCGGAGAUCUACAAUGACGGCGCCUACAUCAUCUUCGUGAAUGGCACGCCUACUGCCUUGACUAGACAGCCAAAACGCUUCUUGAACGGCUUUCGAAAAUUCAGACGGAUGGGCCGCAUCUCCGAGUUCGUCAGCAUCUUCAUCAAUCACCAUCAUAACGGCGUCCAUAUCGCGACAGACGAAGGUCGGGUAUGCCGACCGCUGAUAGUGGUCGAGCAAGGCAAGUCGAAAGUCACCACUCGCUUCCUCGAGUCAUUACGGAAGGGCUCUAUGAACUUCGACGACGCACUCUCCCGUGGCAUUGUGGAGUAUCUCGAUGUCAACGAGGAGAACGAUUCUAACAUUGCAGUAUAUGAGAAGGAUAUUGACGAGCACACCACACACUUGGAGAUUGAGCCUUUUACAAUUCUUGGUGCUGUAGCUGGUCUUAUUCCGUACCCACAUCACAACCAAUCGCCAAGGAACACAUACCAGUGUGCCAUGGGUAAGCAAGCUAUCGGUGCCAUAGCGUACAAUCAAUUCACUCGAAUCGAUACCUUGCUCUACCUGAUGGUUUAUCCACAAGCGCCAAUGGUCAAGACGAGGACUAUCGAGCUGGUCAAGUACGACAAGUUACCGGCCGGUCAGAAUGCUGUGGUUGCGGUCAUGUCAUACUCUGGAUACGACAUCGAGGAUGCACUAGUGCUCAACAAAGCUUCAUGCGAUCGGGGUUUCGGGCGCUGUCAAGUCUUCAAGAAGGUCAGCAUGCCACUGAAGACCUACGGCAAUGGUGCCCAAGACCGAAUGGGACAACCGGAGAAAAACAACACACGGCAUCGAAAGAUUGGCACAGAUGGCCUGGUCGAAGUCGGCCAAGAGCUGGAGAACUCCGACAUGUACAUGCUCAAGGAGUGUCCAGUCAAUCAAGCCACUUCUGUCUCUCAACGCGACCAGAAAUGGUCGCCUAUGCAUAUGUCCUACAAGCUACCGGACCCAUGCUACGCGGAUAAGGUCAUGGUCACAGCAAACGAGGCCAACAGUACUAUCAUCAAGAUUCAGACACGGCAGACCCGAAGACCAGAGAUCGGCGACAAGUUCUCAUCACGUCACGGACAGAAAGGUGUCGUCGGAUUGCUCGCCGAACAAGCAGACAUGCCUUUUUCAGACCAAGGCGUAGUUCCGGAUAUCAUCAUGAAUCCUCACGGUUUCCCUUCCCGUAUGACAGUCGGCAAGAUGUUGGAGCUUGUCUCUGGAAAGGCCGGUGUGCUAGCCGGCAAGCACGAGUACGGCACAGCCUUCGGCGGCAGCAAAGUCGAAGACAUGGGUCGAACUCUCGUCAAGCACGGGUUCAGCUACUCUGGCAAAGAUUGCCUCACGUCCGGCAUCACGGGCGAGAGUUUGCCCAUGUAUGUCUUCUUCGGACCCAUCUACUACCAAAAGCUGAAGCACAUGGUGCAAGACAAGAUGCAUUCUCGAUCUACUGGACCACGGGCGAUCUUGACACGACAGCCGACAGAAGGUCGUUCGAGACAGGGUGGUCUGCGUCUGGGAGAGAUGGAACGUGACUGUCUGAUUGCCUACGGCGCUAGCCAACUUCUCCUCGAACGCUUGAUGAUCAGUUCAGAUGCGCACGAGGUUGAUGUGUGCCAAGUCUGCGGCAUGAUGGGCUACAAUGGCUGGUGCCAGAGCUGCUCCAGCACCCGCUCUGUCGUUCGUAUGACGAUGCCUUAUGCGGCGAAGCUGCUUAUUCAAGAGUUGAUGAGCAUGAACGUCAAGGCAUCUUUGCAGCUGGCCGAUGAGUUCCCUCGCGAGGAGUAG